CCAAGAAUACCGUUCUCGUUAAAGCAACCUUUCGAAUAGAUUCUGUAACAAGCCAGAACGGGCAAUGUAGAGGAGAACACAUACAAAACCAAGAUGUCGGACCAACAAGAUAUAUUUAAUAUAAGAAGACAGAUGUCGUCAGCGGACCACGAGGUCGUGACAGUGUCACGCAAUAUUGUUAUAGAUUCUGCGCCUGGAGAAGACUAAUCCUCACCUUUUCCGGCAAAAAACUGCAUCUGAGAUCAGAGUCCAUCGCUGUAUCCGCUUGUCAGCAAUGUCUUCAUCAGAUUUUUUGAGGCGAGCGAGGAAACGGCCAGCUCCGGAGAACUUUGAUACCCACCAAGAGGAAAUCAAAAGGAUCGCUCCGUCAAUACGGACAAACAAACCAACUUAUUUGCACAGAUCUAAGCCCAGUACCACAUUUCGAGUUUUAACGCCAGUUCCCUCAACAUCAUGGAGUUGGGACACAGAAAGUCAAUCGUCACAUACUGGAGGACAUCAGCCACACCAAGCGCGUGCACAGCCGCCCGCACACCGAUAUCUCACACCGAAGCGCGCAGGUUACAAAGCUGCCGCAAAAAGAACACAUCCUUCUGAUCCAUCCAACGAGCAGUUCUCUCGCAUGACAAAAGAAACAACAAAACAUAAGCUUACACAACCUACCAUGGCUGAAGGAGUCGAGAUUGUUUACACAAAAAACAUAUUCGAAGCUGAGACCUGGUUGACAACACACAUCACAGAUUGUUCAGCUUCAGCCGUUGGCUUCGACAUCGAGUGGAAGCCUCAGUUCGUAAGCAAGAAGCGUGGAGGCACCGAGAACAAGACUGCCGUUCUUCAACUGGGAGUUGACACAUCCUGCCUAGUCCUGCACAUUCAUCACAUGAGUAAAUUGCCAAAUCUACUUGUCUCAAUUCUAGAAGACGCCACAGUCUUGAAAAUCGGUAGUGGCAUAAAGCAAGAUAUGUCUAAGCUCAGAAGAGAUCGAGGCUUGGUGUGCCAUGGAGUCGUCGAUACACAAGACGUGGCAAAGUCUCUCGAUCCCUCGUCUACGCAAAAAGUAGGAUUAAAGGCAUUGGCGGAACGUUUCCUCGGUAUCACACUUGCGAAGAGCAAGCGGGUGUCAACAAGCAACUGGGAAAACUUCCCGCUGACCUUAAGGCAGAUCGAAUACGCUGCUCUGGAUGCUUGGCUCGGAUUAAAAGUCUUCAACGCAAUUGAACAAAGUAAGGGCUCAUAAGUUCUGACAUCAUUGAUGAAGCAAAAAGUCCACCAUGCACACGAGCAGAAAAAGACAACAUAAACCACUCAAUAAAAAACUUGUGACCCAUAGAGAACGGUGGCUGUUUCGAUAUGUCGUUCAUUUUGUUUGUUAUCUUCAGAUGCUAAAGUGAUGCUUUGCAAAGUUAGCUUUCUUUAACAUCCCGUUCUUACCAUUACAAUAACUGUUUCAGUUUGAUUAAUUUACAUCAGUAUAGUACAGUGUAUCCUCAAAUUAAGAGUUUAGGGUCGUAUGCUUAUUUCUCUGCGUAUCCUGUUGUAAGAAUUACAGGAACAUUAAUAUUUCGCACAAUCGAAUUGAAAUAGUCGAAAUCGAAAGGCAAUAAUCGAAAUUGAAUAUAUGUGAACUUGCAUAUGAUAAUAAACCAAGAUCAGUAUUUUACCUCGGAACAAAAUACUUUAGAACACAUUUUGAGAGAGAAGUGUUUUUGACUGAUAGAAAAUAAAGAUGUGAGGCAGUGAAUUAAACGAGCUUUAUUUUAUCUCAGAAAAGCACAUGCUCAUUUUCGUCAGUUCAAGUGUUACUGAUCGAUCGAGCUGCCACUGUUUACAUAAGAUAGUUGGAUUUAAUCAGUCUUUCAAUAAACUUUAAC